AUGGUCUUAAAGUCAUCCAUUGUCCUUGCUGUUCUUGCAUGUGCUAUCUCAAGCGCAUUAGCUAAGAAACAACCUGAUACGGACAAGGCUCAAGGUGACAGAGCUAAAGUUCCUGAAGGUGAUUAUGAUACUCUCGGUAGUCUUGGUGGUCUUCUUGGCGAGCAUAUGGAUGCUGAUGACAACGGCAGUAAUGACAUAGAUGGUAAUGGAAAAGCAUGA